UUUGAUAAGGUACCGAUGUCAUCGCAACCUGGCCUCCGUAUCGUCACCACAGCUCGCUAUUACAUUGAAGACCGGAGUUAGUUGGAUGUUCUUUUAGCAAGGAUUUAAACAAAUGUUGGGGAUAUACAAGACCAUAGCCGUCUUUCUCGGUACACUGUCGUCAUUGCAUGCUGCGAGGACAGGCAGAUGUGCCCAGGAAACCUUUUUUGCCGAGGGCUCAACCGCUAGUAAAUCAUCCCCCGGAUAUCCAGAGCCAUAUGGCCCCAACUUAACAUGUGGAUGGAAAAUGCACGCAUCGUCCCCAGACCGUCGACUUGGCGUUCAUUUUGUACAGUUUGCCUUGGAAGGGUCACAUAAUUGUCAAUAUGACAGCCUGUCCUUCUAUGAUGGGCCAGACAAAUCAAAUGGAUCCAAGUUUAAAUUUUGCGGCAGCGACGAAACCCCGAGCAGUUUCCUCAGCAGCAGAGAUAGCAUGUACAUGGAGUUUAUCUCAGAUUCUUCCGACAAUGCACAAGGAUUUAAAGUCAUGAUUAUUGAAGUUGAACAAUGCGGUGGCAGGUUAACCGCCACAUCGGUAAAACGGAACUUAUCUUCCCCGGGUUAUCCUUACGCCUACUUCAAUAACCUUAACUGCACGUGGAUCAUUACAGCGGAAAAUGAAACCGAUACGGUUGGACUGAAAAUGGUACAUUCGGAUAUUGAGAGACCUACCCCUCCAUCAGCUAUCUGCCGCUAUGAUGUCCUUCGUGUUUACAACGGAAACACGACUAAAGAUGAUCAAUACCUUGGGGAAUCCUGUUCAAAUCAGGCACCAAGUUACCAAAGUUCCAAGAAUUCACUGUCAGUCCGGUUUACCACUGAUGACGUCACAAAUAAGAACGGCUUCAGGAUGCAAUAUUUUGCCCGCAAAGUUGGUGACUGCAAUAAUACGUUUCUGGUUUAUUUCUCACCCUUGAUCAUUCUGUCACCUGGAUAUCCCGACUCGUAUGAAAGUAACUUGGAGUGCUUCAUAAAAGUGACCGAUGCAUCAUCGACAUUGACACACGACAUCAAACUGGACAUCGUCGACUCGGAUUUAGAGGGCGCCUACCCACACUGCGAUAAGGACUCUGUUACUCUUCAUCAAGGUUUCUAUCGAGGUGGGAACGAAAGCACCUUUUGUGGUGAUUCUUCAAUAACCUCCUUUGGACCGUACUACUUCGGAUUAUAUAUGAUAAUGGUGUUCAAGACAAACGGUGACACAAGUGGUCGGGGCUUCCGAAUUCGUGCUUCUCUUAGCUUACAGAAACCGGAACCACCCCAGUCAGGAGACUGUGGCUCUCUGUUCCUUAAUGCGACAACAAAUAGACAGCUCUUACAGUCCCCUGGAUACCCUGUCCGAUAUAAAAACAAUGAAGACUGUCGGUGGACAAUAACGGCAUCUAAUCACGGUAUGAUGGUGCGCAUUGACGUCACUGACUCGGAUGUAGGUUCCUAUGACGACGGUUACUAUGACUGCACAUACGGCUAUGUUACGGCUUACGACGGACCAUCGACCUUCAGUGACAUUAUAUCCAGUUGGUGCGGCCCAUCACGGCCGACUCUUCAGAGCACUGGACCAGCUAUGACAAUUCACUUCCACACAGAUUCAACAUCACUCAAGAGAGGAUUCAAGUUGGCAUAUUUUGAAACAAAUGAACCAUACAAUUGUGGUGGAACAUUGACUAUUUCUACCACUGACAAUACAACCUUGACAUCUCCUUUUUAUCCUGGACCAUACCCAAACCGCCAGGAUUGCAAGUGGAUCAUACAUGCUCCAGCACACACGACUAUUGAAGCCCAAAUCAGAGACUCAAUCGUUGAAGGCGUACUUCCCUGUCCUAACGAUUACCUUGAAGUAUACGAUGGCGUGAUGUCGAGUUCAUCAAGUGCCGGGAAGUACUGUGGCCAUGAUGACACUGACUACAUUAGUUCCGGUCCCAUCAUCACCGUAAGGUUUCACUCGGACUCAUCGACCAGAUACAAAGGUUUUCAAAUGCAUCUCAAGGCGGGACACUUUAGAGCUUCUGGGACAAAGGAGAUUUCAGAUUCCUACGGCAGCAUAUAUUCUCCAAAUUACCCAUUUAGUUACCCAAGUAAUGCCGAGGUGAGCUGGAAGAUUACCGUGAGUGAAGACUUCAAAGUUGAGAUCAACGUUAAAGAAUCAAGACUGGAAAGGUCAAAUGGCUGCAUUCGUGACUAUGUGGAGGCGUUUGAUGGGCCGGACUCUAAUGCCCCAUCACUUGGUCGCUUGUGUGGAAAGAAUACAUAUAUCCAAGAAAGUUCUGGUCCUGUUAUGUUCCUGAAAUUCAAGUCAGAUUCAUCUGGUGUUGAUGAUGGGUUCGAGAUGACGUAUUCGAGAGAAAUCAAUCAUAAAUCCAGUGGUUCUAAUAUCGGAGUCAUUAUUGGGGGCUCGAUUGGUGGCGCAUUUUUUUUGCUACUCGUGAUAAUUGUAAUCUGCAUAAACACCAAAAAACGCAGAGCAGCCACCGCCGUUCCCGUGCAGGUACAAGUAGUUCAAGUCCCUCUGGUCAACAACUCCGGUCAAGCACCGAUCACCAACGCACUGCCCCCAACAACCUUCACUGGACCCCCUACUGACACAACUCAGGGUCUUCCCCUACCUUCUUCAGGGUACGUCAAUGCAGAAGCAUUGCCCAAGAAAAUUUGAGUGAGUGAGUGAGUUAAUACCGCCUCCGUGGUGUAGUGGUUAGAGCGUCCGCCCGGAGAGCGGAAGGUCACGGGUUCGAUCCCCGACCGCGUCAUACCAAAA